CUUAUUGUGUCGUUGAAUUAAGUCGACCUCAAAUUAGGAAGUGGGCGAAGCACAAACAUUUGAAGGACCUACACGAUUUCACAAUUUCGUUCCGUGCGUCAAACCGCCAUUGCGAAAUUUGAAAUAAUUCUUACAAGAUGGCGUUCAAUUAUGGACAGGCACCAGGUGGGUAUCCAGGUCAAGCACCAGGUGGUUACCCUGGACAACAACCAAGCGGUUAUCCUGGACAAGCACCAGGCGGUUAUCCUCCAGCAGGAGGAUUCCAGCAACCAGGAUAUGGACAACCUCAAAUGGAUCCACAGAUUGUGGGAUGGUUUCAAGCUGUAGAUACAGAUAGAUCAGGAAAAAUAACAGCUACAGAAUUACAACAGGCACUCACGAAUAAUAACUGGACAAAAUUUAAUGCAGAAACCUGUCGCCUUAUGGUUGGUAUGUUUGAUAAAGAUAUGAGUGGAACUAUUGAUAUGUAUGAAUUCCAGUCCUUAUAUAGAUAUAUACAGGAGUGGAAGGGUGUAUUCGAAAGAUUUGAUCAGAACCGAUCUGGUUUUAUCGACUUUAAUGAACUUAGAAAUGCAUAUAGCAGUAUGGGUUAUAAUUUAUCACCACAAUUUGCUCAAAUGGUGACCUACAAGUUUGAUGUACAAGGUCGACAAGCCUUAACACUAGACACAUUUAUCCAGUCAUGUGUCAUGCUGAAAGGAUUAACGGAUGCGUUUAAACAACGGGAUCCACAGAUGCAGGGAAGAAUUCAACUAAAUUAUGAAGACUUCAUGACCAUGGCUGUCUUCAAUAAAGUUUAGAUUCCAUCUUAUUUAAACAGGGGAGAUAGUUUUCUACUGUAAAAUACUUUUUAUAAAAAAAAUAAAUGAUAUAUGUAGAAUUUAUUAGUUUCUAUAAAUAAUGUUUUAUUAUAGCCUAGUUUCCAUAGUUAUAGUUGUUUAGUGUUUGAGACUGCUCUCAUCAGGCAAAGCUUCCACUUUAGAACAAAUGGCUGUACAGUAGAAAUGAAGAGAGACAGCUGGAUAUAUUCAAUAAUUAAAAACACUUAUAAGUACAUGUACAUGUAAAGUUUGAAAUAAUGUCGAAAAAGAAUACAAUUUGGUCACAUGCCGUGCUACAAGUAAAACAAAUAAAGUAAGUCACGAUUUGAAAUUGAAAUGAUCUGCUGAUGUAACUAAAAUUGUUGUGUAGAGUGAAGUUUAGCCAGACUUGAUGAUGGGAUUAUUUUGUCAUGUUCCCCAAAGAGUAUUUACGUUUAUUGAUAAAGGAGUCAUGUUGUCUUCAACACUAAAAAACUAUAUGGAUGCUAGCUUAAGAGUUCAUAAUGAAUUCUUCUUUGAAAUUCGAUUUUAGCAAAAUAUAUCAGCACAGCAGAGUCAAAAGGUCAUUUUGAAACAAUAACUGUUUUUUUAAUGGCUUACUGUGACAAGUUUAUUUUGUUAAUUGAUUACUAGUAUUAUUAAACAAUUUUAAAUAGGAUUUAUUAUAUUCACAUUCUAAUCAUUAUACAAAAAGGGGCAGGGCUUCUUUAAUUUACAUAAUUAUCUACCAAUGGCUAUCACUUUGAUAUUUUGCCAACUGGAAUUUUUGCUUUUUUCGUCACCAAGCUCUACAAACUAAGUAGACCCUAGUAUUUAUCAUGUUUUAUUACAUGUAAUGUAUAAUUUUUCAAAAAUACUCUAUAUUCUGGUAUGGAAAUUAACAGGUGAAUUUGUCAGCCAGUCAAUUUUAUUGCCGGUCAGUCUUGACUGGUAAAUUAAACAGUAUUAAGAUCCUUAUCCGUUACAAACUCAAUCAUACAAUUUGGUAUAAUAUGUUAAAUAUGGCAUAAUAUGAAUCUAUAUGCAUUAAUGAAUGAAAUACUGGAAAUCAAGUAAUUUAUUUAAGUAUCGUGAAAUUAUUUAAGCUUAAGGUGGUCAGAAUAAAUUUUUAUACUAUGUAGUUAAUCUCUGUUGAUUAAUUUAUUGGUUUGAGGAGGAUCAUCUUUAACAUUACCAGUGACUUAAGGGGUAACAUACUUCAUAAUUUCCUUAGUUACAGACCAGAGAUGCUUGUAUAAAUAAAGGCCUCAAUAGGUCAAUUUAAAGCAUUAAUUGUUUGAUAGUGUUAAUUUCUACUUUUACAGUAUAUUUCUGUUGGCUAUAUAAAUGUUAUUGUUUUGUCUUCUUAUUUUCUGAUUUUCGACCUUUUUAAUUUUCUUUAUUUUGUACACUUUCAUCUUGAGUUAAAUGUUGGAUUAAUCUUAAAAUCCAUUUAUUUCAAGGCACAAUAACAUUGUUUUUAUAAGGAAAAUAUUUUAGUAUAUUGUCUUAAACGCUAUAUUUAAUCUUUAUUCUGGCAUGUUGAACCUUUAUUCUGGAAUGUUGGGGCUUUAAAAUCGAAAUCAAUGAAAUAUACAUAUAUACAAAUUUAUAGGUAACAAAUUACUACCAGUAUUUUGUUAAAAAUAAUAAUUAUCUUCUAUGUUCUUUUUUUUUGCUAUGGUUCAAAAUAAUAUUAAAAAUUUUCGCAGAUGUAUACUUUUUUUUAUGUAUAAGAAUUUAUAUUUAAUCUAUGACUAAAAAAUGUAAUCAGUUACAUGUGUCUUUAAUAAAAUUUGAUUUAAAGGAGA